GGAAAAUCCUCAAAUUCGAUUCAGUUUGCUUUAAAAAGUAAGCUAUGGACAUAUAUCUCUCGCACUUACCACACUCGCAUCACAUUAAAAUAAUAAUUUUGGCCCCCCCUUUAAACUAAUCAGAUCAACUGCAGUACAUUGCAUCCAGAAUUAGGUUGCUGUUUUCUUGAUAAUAUUUUACUACUGUUUCAUAUUGUGUGUGUGAGAGAGAAAGAAGCAGCUGGGCUGGUCAAAGAUGAAAUCUUGGGUGGGUUUGAGUUUGUGUGAGGUGUGAGAAUGAUAGGUACUAUUUUAAGGGGAGGGGGCAGAGAACGUGCUUUUUUUGUCUGGCUGUUCUUGAAACUUAAGUUCACGCUUGAAGAGAAAAUCUAUGCAUGAUUAGGUGCCUUUAUUCUUUGUUUGUCAUUUUUCGUUGUAGUUAUUCACACCCUCUCACAAAAUUCCCUUUUGGAUUAGCAAACAAUUACUAUUAGUAUAUCUUUUAAGCUUUAGAGGGAGAGACAGAAGAAGAGGGCGGGGGUUCUUUUCUCUUUGGAAUUUGGGGAAGGUUUAGUCUUUUAAGGCCUGCAACAAGGCCAUGCUUUGCUCCUCCCAUCAUGGAAUUAUGAAACAAAUAUUAUUAAACUCUUUCUUUGAGUAAAUUCCUUGAACUUGAGCACCUUUUCUCUUUUUAUCUUUUCUUAUUCUGGGGUUUCUUCAAAUCUGCUCUUUGUGUGAAAUGUGGACAAUUCUUGUGCCGCACCACAAUAUUUUUGUAAUGAUAGACUACCUUGAGCCGACGAGAAGCCUCUUCUUUAAAUUCUUGUUGCAGGGAAAAAGCGAGUCUUAAAAAGUUGUAGCAAUAAAGCUCAUGAGUGUGUUUACUGCGGGUCUUAGAUUCCCUUUGUGUUUGAGGCCGUAAAAGGUGAGAAUUCUUAGUUGAAGUGAAAAAUAAAAGGAGGGUUUGGGAAGAUGGGUGAGAAAAGGCAAGGGUGCCACACGGUGGCUGUGAGGGUGGUGAAUGAAGCAGUGGGGACUAAGAGAAAGCAUUAUGCUCUGCUACAUUACUGUUCGAAUCGUGGGGUUUUGGGAAUCUGGAUCUUGGUGAUGUUGUUUGUGAGUAAAAUGAUCUAUGAUUAUACGGAUGGUGAGCAGCAGAAGAAGAGGAAGGAAGUUCUUGUAGGCAUGUGUGAUCAGAGGGCUAGGAUGUUACAGGAUCAAUUUAGUGUUAGUGUUAAUCAUGUUCAUGCCCUUGCCAUCCUCGUCUCCACUUUUCACUUUUACAAGAAUCCCUCUGCAAUUGAUCAGGAAACCUUUGCAGAAUACACAGCUAGAACAGCUUUUGAGAGGCCAUUAUUGAGCGGGGUGGCCUAUGCUCAGAGGAUUCUAAAUUCUGAGCGGGAAGAAUUCGAGAGGCAGCAUGGAUGGACAAUUAGAACAAUGGAGGAAGAAGAGCCUUCCCCGAUUAGGGAUGAGUAUGCUCCGGUGAUAUUCUCUCAAGAAACUGUAUCCUACAUUGAAUCACUUGAUAUGAUGUCAGGGGAGGAGGACCGUGAAAACAUACUGAGGGCUCGGGCUACUGGUAAAGCAGUCCUUACUAGCCCAUUUAGGUUGUUAAACUCACAUCAUCUUGGGGUUGUUUUGACCUUUCCGGUUUACGAUUCCAAGCUUCCCCCUCACCCGACUGUGCAAGAGCGCAUUGAAGCAACAGCAGGGUACCUAGGUGGAGCCUUCGAUGUCGAGUCCCUUGUUGAGAAUCUACUUGGACAACUUUCUGGGAACCAGGGAAUUGCCGUUAAUGUAUACGAUGUUACCAACUCUUCUGAUCCUCUGAUCAUGUAUGGCCAUCAAUCCCUAGAAAGUGAUAUGUCACUUAAGCAUGUGAGCAGGCUUGACUUCGGAGAUCCAUUCCGCAGACAUGAGAUGAUAUGUGGGUACCUUCAAGAGGCUCCAACAUCAUGGAUUGAGCUAACAACAUCAUUCUUUGUCUUUGUGAUUGGCAUCUUAAUUGGGUAUAUGAUAUAUAGCGCCGCAAUUCACAUUGUUAAAGUUGAAGAUGAUUUUGAUAAAAUGCAGGAACUGAAAGUUCAAGCGGAAGCUGCAGAUGUAGCCAAAUCUCAGUUUUUGGCUACUGUUUCUCACGAAAUAAGAACUCCCAUGAACGGAAUCCUAGGAAUGCUACAGUUGCUACAGGACACAGAGCUGAGUUCAACGCAAAAGGACUUUGCUCAAACAGCUCAAGCUUGUGGAGAAGCACUGAUAACCUUGAUAAAUGAAGUGCUUGACAGAGCGAAGAUUGAAGCUCGCAAGUUGGAGCUUGAGGCCGUCCCAUUUGACCUUAGGUCAAUUUUAGAUGAUGUUUUGUCCUUGUUCUCCGAGAAAUCAAGGCAAAAGGGUGUCGAGUUGGCUGUUUUUGUAUCAGAUAAAGUACCUGAAGUUGUUGUGGGGGAUCCCGGAAGAUUUAGGCAGGUCAUUACCAAUCUUGUGGGGAACUCAGUAAAAUUCACUGAGCAAGGACAUAUAUUUGUUCAAGUCCUCUUGGCUGCACAAGCAAAGUCAGUUAUGGAUUUGAAGCCUGGAAGCUGCAUGAAUGGAGAAUCUGAGUGCACAGUGCAAUCUUGCGUUCGACAGUACAAUACACUGAGUGGCAGACAAGCUGCCGAUGACCGGAGCAGCUGGGAGACCUAUAAAUAUUUAGAUGAAGAAUCCGGUGAUGCUUCGAGAACUGUGAUGAAUGGUGAUGCUUCUCACGGUGUUGCCUUGAUGGUAUGUGUUGAAGAUACCGGAAUCGGUAUCCCCGAACAUGCACAAAAGCGGGUGUUCACGCCAUUUAUGCAGGCGGACAGUUCAACUUCUAGAAAUUAUGGAGGAACUGGUAUUGGGUUGAGCAUUAGUAAGUGUCUUGUUGAGCUAAUGGGUGGUCAAAUGGACUUCAAAAGCCGUCCUCAAAUAGGAAGCACAUUCUUUUUCACUGUUGAAUUUCGAAGCUGUGAGAAUAGUUCGGUUAUAGAUCUGAAGAAAUCUUUCCCUGAUGACCUGCCUAAUGCGUUUAAAGGGAUAAAAGCACUUAUAGUUGAUGGCAAACCGGUUAGAGCCGCUGUGACGAAGUACCACUUGAAGCGACUUGGUAUUCAGGCUCAAACUGUUAGUAGCAUUGCAAAAGCAGUUGCUGUUUUUGGAAAAUAUGGCUCCCUGAUUUCUAGAGAUGAAAAGCCGCCAGAUGUAUUACUAGUUGAAAAGGAUUCCUGGAUUUCCGGUGAAGAAGAUGACACUAUGCAGUUAUCUAGCUGGAGAAAAAACGGCCACUCGUAUAAACUCCCAAAGAUGGUCCUUCUUGCAACUAACAUCACAGUUGCCGAGUGUGAGAAAGCUAAGGCGGCUGGAUUUGAAGAUACCGUCAUCAUGAAACCUCUGAGAGCGAGUAUGGUGGCUGUGUGCUUGCAGCAGGUAUUGGGAAUCGGCAGAAAAAGCCAGCACGGAAAAGACAUACUGAACAGAACUAUCGCUAAAUCUGGCUUGCUAUCUGGCAAGAAGUUGUUGGUGGUCGAUGAUAACGUUGUGAACCGUAGAGUUGCUGCCGGCGCCUUGAAAAAAUUCGGUGCAGAAGUGUUCUGUGCUGCGAGUGGUCAAGAGGCUCUAAAAUUGCUCCAAAUACCACACGAGUUCAGUGCUUGCUUCAUGGAUAUUCAGAUGCCUGAAAUGGACGGGUUUCAGGCGACUACUCUUAUUCGGGAGAUGGAGCGUAGAGCAAACGGAGGAGGAACGCGGAAGGGGGAGUGGCAUAUCCCGAUAUUGGCGAUGACAGCUGAUGUUAUACAUGCCACGUUAGAGAAAUGUUUGCAAAUCGGCAUGGAUGGGUACGUGUCGAAGCCUUUCCAGGAAAAGAGUCUUUACGAGGCUGUGGCGAAGUUCUUCGAACCAAAGGCAACCGUAAACACAGAGCAACUUCCUUGAUUCAUCUCCGACAGUGCCAGCAAUUUUUCCUCAUGCUGCUGCCUGUGGAUUCGCUGAAGCUUGCCUCGACUCGCCUCCGUUGGCAACACGUGGUUGUAUGUAUAUUGAUUAGGGAAGGGGGCUAGAGAUGUAAAUGUUUCCACGAAAUCUUCAUGGCAUGAGUCUAGGUCACGAGGCGAUUUGGUCUCUGUAGAAAAUCAUAUCAUGUAUGUUGUUGUGUCGUAGAAUUAAGUAUGUUAGCUAUAGUUUGCUGCCAUUCAUAAUCACAACCUGUUUCUUGCA